AUGUUGGUUCCUACUGCUGAAUACUCGUCUCCAACGGGAGACCACCUGUUUGUACCUGGGGAUGGUCCACAUACCACCAACGGUAAAACCACUCAAAUAUCCGAUAUAGUGGUGAAGGCAGGCGGUGAAGAUAGAGAUCAGCCUACAGAAGCGAAAGAUACAGAACUUGGAGCUCUCCGCGCACAACUAACCACACUCCAAGACAAAUUGAAUGAGUUUUUGACCCAGAGGAUGCAAAGAGAUAAGGUGCAAGGAGAUGAUAUAGAAAGGAGGUUGCUAGAUGAGGGGUAUGACGGGGAGUUGUCUGACUUAAAAAGAAAAUAG